GGAGGGAGCGGGGCUAUGGAGGCGGUGCGGGCGCAGCGGCUGCAGCCCGGGGUGGGCACCGGGCCCCGCGGGGCUCGGCCCGGCCUCACCGGAGCCCCCGCGGGGCUGGGACCGACACCGGCAGCGGGGUCGGGGUUGGGGCCGGGGCUGGGGCUGCCGCCGCCGCCGCCGCCGCUGGGUCUGCAGGGCCCCCCCGCGCCCCCCGGGCCGGGGGCCGGGGCCGUGCCCGGGCCGCCCGCGGUGCUGCGGGAGGCGGUGGAGGCCGUGGUGCGGAGCUUCGCCAAGCACACGCAGGGCUACGGCCGCGUGAACGUGGUGGAGGCGCUGCAGGAGUUCUGGCAGAUGAAGCAAUCCCGCGGGGCCGAGCUGCGCAACGGCGCCCUGGUUCUCUACGAGAUGGUGCCGGCUGCCAGCCCUCCCUACGUCUGCUAUGUCACCCUGCCCGGGGGCAGCUGCUUCGGCAGCUUCCAGUUCUGUCCCACCAAGGCCGAGGCGCGCCGGAGCGCGGCCAAGAUCGCGCUGAUGAACUCCGUGUUCAACGAGCACCCCUCCCGCCGCAUCACCGACGACUUCAUCGAGAAGAGCGUCUCGGAGGCCCUGGCGUCCUUCAACGGCAACCGAGAAGAGGCAGAUAAUCCCAACACUGGCAUCGGGGCCUUCCGCUUCAUGCUGGAGUCCAACAAGGGAAAAUCCAUGCUGGAAUUCCAGGAGCUGAUGACAGUUUUCCAGCUGCUGCACUGGAAUGGGAGCCUGAAGGCCAUGAGGGAACGUCAGUGCUCGCGCCAGGAAGUCCUGGCUCACUACUCCCACCGUGCUCUGGACGAUGACAUCCGAAACCAGAUGGCCCUGGACUGGGUGAACCGGGAGCAGAACAUUCCAGGAGCCCUUUCCCGGGAGCUGGCGGCCACCGAGCGCGAGCUGGACGAGGCGCGGCUGGCCGGGAAGGAGCUGAGGUUCCACAAGGAGAAGAAGGACAUCCUGCUGCUGGCAGCUGGCCAGCUGGGCUCGGCACACUCCUCUGGCUGCUGAACCCCAAAAUCCCAGCCUUGGUGAUCCCAAAACCCUUUCCCCAAAUCCCAGCCCGUUUGCACAUUUAGAAGAAA